UUCCCUAUCUGAAAACUAUUUUGUCUUUCUCUCUCUAUCUUUCCCUCUCUCUCUCUCUCUCUCUCUCUAAAAGAAGAAGAAGAAGAUUAGAAGAAAGGACACUAAUAGUCUCACAAAACUUUUUAUCUUUCUUAUUUUGACAACCCAAAAAAAAAAAAAGGAAAAAACCCACCAUUUUUAUCUAUAUCUGCUUCUUCUUCUAUUAUCUUUCUUAUCAUACCCACAGCCCCCCUUUUAAUCUCUCUCUUUUCUCUGUCUUUACUCUGUCUCUUCGUUAUUUGAACAACUUCUUCUUUUUUUUUUUUUUUUUUUUUUUUUGGGUUUUUGGUUUAUACCGCCAAUUGAUGACAACAACCCCCUUGAUUUGGAAGCUCAAGCGGAGGAGAAGACGAAGCGGCGAAGGCUAAAUCCGAAAAUUUCUUUAAUACUUCUUUUCUGUACCUAAUUAGAACGAGAAAAGCCCUGUGCUCUCAUGGAGGUCUUGUUGGGUCCCACCUUUACCAUAGAUGUUUCUUCCUCUCCGGCUUACGCUAGGGAUAGAGGAGGAGCUGCUACUGCUCAGGAGAAGCACGCCGCCGUUGCUUCCUGCUUGUUUCUCAAGGACGACGGUGUCGUCGGUUCGGAUAUUAGGAUCAGCGGCAAGGAGAAGCCUCGCUCGGACGACGAGUCGUCGGAUAGCUCGUCGACGAUCGGUGUUCCGGACGACAGUGAUGAAGAAGAUGAUGCGUCGUCUAAAGGCGAUGGAGGUAGUGAUGAGGUCCAGAGCAAGUUCAGUAGAGGAGGAGGGUUUGGUUCUCUGGGUUCUCUGAGUUCACUGGAAGAGACUCUUCCAAUCAACAGGAGAGGAUUAUCCAACUACUUCUCUGGAAAAUCGAAGUCGUUUGCAAAUCUAUCAGACGUGAGCGCAGUUAAUAAUGUCAAACAAGUUGAGAAAGCAGAGAACCCAUUUAACAAAAGGAGAAGAGUCUUAAUUGCGGCGAAGUGGUCAAGAAAAUCAUCUUUCUACAAUUGGCCAAACCCAAAAUCCAUGCCCCUUUUGGCUCUCAAUGAAGAAGAUGAUGAUGGUGAACAACAAGCCCCCCAAUCUUCUUUCGCGGAUAAAGAACAGAAACGACAACAACAUGAACAUGAAGAUCAUGAUGGUGAUGAUGAUGAACAUCAUGAAGAAGAAACUGAAGGACUUGCAAAAUUGCGUGAGACCAGGAAGCUCAACAGCUUCAAAUCAAAAAGUUGUUUCUCUCUCACUGAUCUGCAAGAACAUACCCAAUCAUAACUCCAAAUAGUUUUCAGUUUUUCUUUUCUCUUUUUUUUUUUUUUUCUUUUAUUUUCUUUUAUCUAUUUUAUUUUUGGGUUUUAUUCCACUCAAAAACAAAAAGGAAAAAUUAGUGAAAUGCAAUGCUAAGGACAACCUCUUCAUUUUCUUUUAUUGAAUAUUUUAAUGGUAAUGGAUAUGGAUAUACAUGAA